AUGGGUGCCAGCACGAAAAGGAAGAAGGAAAAGCAGAAGGACUUUCAGAAAGCCAAGCUGAAAGUCGGCAAAGCCAGACCCAAGCCUGAAAACUUCACCGACACGAGCUUCAAAUCGAAAUCAAUCACCCUAAACCAGCAAUCCCUCACCCUCUCCGCCCCAUCCUCCACCUCCCAAUUCACCCACCACCUCUCCCUCCUCACCUCCCGCUCCGACACCCAACGGCGCGACUCCCUCUCCCACCUCACAACAGCGCUCUCCUCGCGCCCAGUAAACACCCCCCCACCCCAACCAACAAGCGUCAUCCUCCCGCCGCUCCUCCCCCUCCUCCUCGAUAGCGCCAGCUCCGUCCGCACGCAACUCCUCAAACUCCUCCGCGCCCUCCCAGCAACAGACAUCCAAGACCAUGUUGCGCAAAUCCUGCCCUACGUCCGCGCCGGCAUGACGCACCUCGCGCCCGACGUGCGUCUCUCUGCCAUAGACGCACUUUCCUGGUUACUCUCGACUGCAGGCGCAGACGUCGUCGCCUGCGCAGGCGGCUGGAUCAAAACGUUGAACUGCUUUCUCUCCGUCCUGGGCUGGCACACCGCCGAGAGCGCCAAGUGGUCUGCGAACCGCGCCUCGUUCGGCAAGUCUGGCGCGAAGGGCGGCGGUGUCGUCGUGCGCGUCUUGACCGUCCUCGCUGAAUUCCUCAACGCUGGCAUCGCUCCGCAGGACACGACCGACUCGGACGUUGAUAUCUACAGCGAAGCCGGCGGGCCGUGGGUCUUCCCGCUCGUGCAGCCCGCAGCAAACAUGGUCCCCAUCGGGACGGCCACGCCAUACCUCUACCUCAAUCUGUUCGGGCAGCCGCGCGACGAGGAGGGCGAGAUGUACGAGACGAGGGAGGACCGGUUCAGGGUUUUCCGGGAGAAGUUCAUGCCUGCUGUUGAGAGGGGGUUGGAGGGGGCGAGGCAGGAGGGGGGCGAGACGGGGAGGGCGUCUAUGGGGGUGUCGAAAGUUUUGAAGGUUGCUGUGGAUUAUUCGUGUUGA